GCCCCACGCCGCAGGUGGCCAAGGGCACGCACGUCCUGGUGGCGCUGGGCGGCUCCUCCCCCACCGGUUGGACGGCCGAGCUGGACGAGGGCGUGGCCGAGGCGCUGGGGGGCGUGGCCGGCUGUGACCACACCCUGUGGGUGGGGCUGACGGCCCCGCCCACGGCUCCCAUUGGUCGGUACCGGCUGAGCGCCCGGACCCGCAGCGAGGCCGGCGAGUUCGCGGCGCCCUUCGAGCCCGACAACGACGUCGUGGUGCUCUUCAACCCCUGGUGCGAGGAGGACUCGGUGUACAUGGAGAAGACGAGCGAGCUCAGCGAGUACGUCCUGAACGAGAGCGGCCGCAUCUUCUACGGCACCGAGGAGCAAAUCGCCGAGCGGGCCUGGAACUACGGCCAGUUCGAGCCGGGGGUGCUGGACGCCUGCCUGUUCAUCCUGGACCGCCGGGGGAUGCCGCACAGCGCCCGCGGCGACCCCGUCAUGGUGGCGCGCGUGGUGUCGGCCAUGGUGAACUCCCUGGACGACAGCGGGGUGCUGGUGGGGAACUGGACCGGGGAUUACUCGCAGGGCACGAACCCCUCGGCCUGGGCCGGCUCCGUGGGGAUCCUGCGCAGCUUCCACGGCUCCGGCAGCCCCGUCCGCUACGGCCAGUGCUGGGUGUUCGCCGGCGUCGUCACCACGGUGCUGCGCUGCCUGGGCCUGCCCACCCGCACGGUGACCAACUACAACUCCGCACACGACACGGACACGUCGCUCACCACCGACAUCUACCUGGACGAGGCCAUGCGGCCCCUGGAGCGCCUCAACACCGACUCCGUCUGGAACUUCCACGUGUGGAACGACUGCUGGAUGAAGCGGCCGGAUCUGCCCGACGGCUACGACGGCUGGCAGGUGGUGGAUGCCACGCCCCAGGAGACCAGCAGCGGCCUGUUCUGCUGCGGGCCCUGCUCGGUCACGGCCGUCAAGAACGGCGACGUUUUCCUCAAGUACGACACGCCCUUCGUCUUCGCCGAGGUGAACAGCGACAAGGUGUACUGGCAGCGGCAGCCGCACGGCGGCUUCGCCGUGGUGCACGUGGAGGAGCGCGCGAUCGGCCGGAGGAUCAGCACGCUGGGGGCCGGCUCUGCGGCCAGAGUGGACAUCACUGACCAGUACAAACACCCCGAGGGCUCGGAGGAGGAGCGCCGCGCCGUCUCCGCGGCCACGUCCCACGGCUCGCGGCCGCGCCAGCGCGGCCCCACCUCGUCCGGAGAGGUGACGCUGACCGUCGGGGCCGGUCCGGCCGUGGCCGGAGCCGACCUGGAGCUGCGGGCGGUGGUCAAGAACCAGGGGCCGGAGCCUCGGACGCUGCGGCUGCGCUUCUCCCUCUGCGCCGUCCACUACACCGGAGUGGCCGGAGCCGCCUUCCGGCAGGAGCAGCACAGCCGGACGCUGCCGCCGGGCCAGGAGGAGGCGGUGGCCAUGACGGUGACGUACGGCGAGUACCGGCCGCACGUGGGCGACCGGGCGGCGCUGAAGCUGACGGUGGCGGCGGGCGUGCAGGAGAGCGGCCAGGUGCUGGCCAAGGAGCUGCUGGUGCGGCUGCACACGCCCGAGCUCACGCUGACGCUGCUGGGCCCGGCCGAGGUCGGCCGCGCCGUGCCCGUCCAGGUCGUGUUCCAGAACCCUCUGCCGGAGCCGCUGGCCGGGGCCUCGCUGCGCAUGGAGGGCGCCGGCAUCGCCUGCCCCAAACCCGCGGCGCUGGGCUCGCUGGGGGCGGGGCAGACGCUCCGCCUCAGCCAAUCAGUGACGCCGCUGCGCGCCGGGCAGCGCCGCCUGGCGGCCACGCUGGAGAGCGCAGCGCUGCCGCCCGUGCACGGCAGCCUCCAGUUCCAGGCGCUUACUGGGAGCACUGGGAGCACUGGGAGCCUUACUGGGAACACUGGGAGCCUUACUGGGAACACUGGGAGCCUCGCUGGGAGCGCCGCGAGCCUUACCGGGAACGCUGGGAGCGCCGGGAACGCCGGCGGCGGCGGCAGGAGGCGGCGCAGGAGGAGGGGGAGGCCCGGGGGCAGCACGGGGGGGAACUUCCACGUGUGGAACGACUGCUGGAUGAAGCGGCCGGAUCUGCCCGACGGCUACGACGGCUGGCAGGUGGUGGAUGCCACGCCCCAGGAGACCAGCAGCGGCCUGUUCUGCUGCGGGCCCUGCUCGGUCACGGCCGUCAAGAACGGCGACGUUUUCCUCAAGUACGACACGCCCUUCGUCUUCGCCGAGGUGAACAGCGACAAGGUGUACUGGCAGCGGCAGCCGCACGGCGGCUUCGCCGUGGUGCACGUGGAGGAGCGCGCGAUCGGCCGGAGGAUCAGCACGCUGGGGGCCGGCUCUGCGGCCAGAGUGGACAUCACUGACCAGUACAAACACCCCGAGGGUCAGAGCAGCACGCUGGGGGCCGGCUCUGCGGCCAGAGUGGACAUCACUGACCAGUACAAACACCCCGAGGGUCAGAGCAGCACGCUGGGGGCCGGCUCUGCGGCCAGAGUGGACAUCACUGACCAGUACAAACACCCCGAGGGCUCGGAGGAGGAGCGCCGCGCCGUCUCCGCGGCCACGUCCCACGGCUCGCGGCCGCGCCAGCGCGGCCCCACCUCGUCCGGAGAGGUGACGCUGACCGUCGGGGCCGGUCCGGCCGUGGCCGGAGCCGACCUGGAGCUGCGGGCGGUGGUCAAGAACCAGGGGGCGGAGCCUCGGACGCUGCGGCUGCGCUUCUCCCUCUGCGCCGUCCACUACACCGGAGUGGCCGGAGCCGCCUUCCGGCAGGAGCAGCACAGCCGGACGCUGCCGCCGGGCCAGGAGGAGGCGGUGGCCAUGACGGUGACGUACGGCGAGUACCGGCCGCACGUGGGCGACCGGGCGGCGCUGAAGCUGACGGUGGCGGCGGGCGUGCAGGAGAGCGGCCAGGUGCUGGCCAAGGAGCUGCUGGUGCGGCUGCACACGCCCGAGCUCACGCUGACGCUGCUGGGCCCGGCCGAGGUCGGCCGCGCCGUGCCCGUCCAGGUCGUGUUCCAGAACCCUCUGCCGGAGCCGCUGGCCGGGGCCUCGCUGCGCAUGGAGGGCGCCGGCAUCGCCUGCCCCAAACCCGCGGCGCUGGGCUCGCUGGGGGCGGGGCAGACGCUCCGCCUCAGCCAAUCAGUGACGCCGCUGCGCGCCGGGCAGCGCCGCCUGGCGGCCACGCUGGAGAGCGCAGCGCUGCCGCCCGUGCACGGCAGCCUCCAGUUCCAGGCGCUUACUGGGAGCACUGGGAGCACUGGGAGCCUUACUGGGAACACUGGGAGCCUUACUGGGAACACUGGGAGCCUCGCUGGGAGCGCCGCGAGCCUUACCGGGAACGCUGGGAGCGCCGGGAACGCCGGCGGCGGCGGCAGGAGGCGGCGCAGGAGGAGGGGGAGGCCCGGGGGCAGCACGGGGGGGUGAACUGG